AUGAACAACCGGACGAAGACUUUGAUCCUGGGCGCUCCGCGUUCCAUGGACCACGGUCAGGUGAUGCUGAUUCAGAGGGAUUCCUUGGAUGGGGCGUAUAAAGGCAAAAAACAAAAUCUGCUGACCGGUCGGCAACUUGGGGCUGGCUUUGGGCAUGCCGUCGUCGUUAUUGAUCUAAAUUCUGAUGGGUUAAAUGAUAUCGUUGUGAGUGCACCAUUUGAAUACGGACAGUAUUACGGAGGCGCCGUUUAUGUAUACCAUAAUUCCUACAAGGGUAUAAACAGCCUAACGAAACCGAAAAAGAUAAUAAGUCAAAAAGUGACUAAAAAUGAUUGCCUGCUAACUAACUGUAUCCACAGCAGAUUUGGAAGUUCCAUUGCUAACAUUGGGGAUAUCGACAGUGACGGAUUUCCAGGUACUUAA